AUGGCAGCACUGAUGCUGUUGUCAUUGAGCAGCGCGCCGACGGUCAGUGGGGAAACGCUGUCGCCUGAGGAUCGCAUUAAUAACUAUCGAAAGCGCGUUGGUCGUGCCUUUAUCAAAGAAAAGUCUGCUCAGCCCGAUGCCGUCACACUUCCCUCCGGUUUGGUUUUUCAGCGCAUUGCUCGUGGCUCUGGGAAGCGUGCCGCCGCUGUGGAUGAUGAGUGCGAGGUGCACUACACUGGGAAACUUCGUGAUGGCAGUGUUUUUGACAGCUCGCGGGAACGUGGAGAGCCCGUUAGUUUUCGUCCACGUGGGGUUAUUAAGGGCUGGACGGAGGCACUGCAGUUGAUGCGCGAGGGUGACCGCUGGCGCAUUUUUAUCCCCCACGAAUUGGGGUACGGCGCGGCAGGGGCGGGACCAAAGAUUCCCCCAUUUUCGCCUCUUGAGUUUGACGUGGAGCUGAUUCGCAUCAAGGGCGGCGGCACAGGGCGUACAGCCGAGGAGGUAGACAAGAUACUGCGGGAGGCCGAGGAAGAGCGGGGAGACAUGUAA